AUGGUUGAAAUCAAAUCGAAACAACAACUCAUGAAUUUUACAACAGAUUAUAUCACUACUGAAGAAAUCAAUAGUCCGACAGAAAUUGUGACUCAUCCAAUGCUCACUGUACAAGAUAUCUAUAGAAUAGGAAAUGAAACAAAAAGACAAAACUAUGAACGGGUUUUACAAAUUUUAUUAACACGAACAAAUGCUCAACGUCAACAUAUUGUACAUUAUUACAAAACUUUUGAAAUGUCAUUAAUAAAAGAAAUGGAGAACAUUCAACCGAAUAAUUUGAAACUAUUAAUUGAAGAUCUAUUGACAGAUACAUCAAUUUUAUUCGCAGAAGAAUUAUAUAAAGCAAUAUCUACUUCGAAUAUACAAAUCACAACCAGUCUAUUGAUUGAUUUCUGGGGUGAUGAAUUCGAUCAAGUGAAAAAUGUUUAUAAAUUAUAUACUUAUUCUGUAAACAAACCAAUGUAUUUCGCCACAUUAUUUCAUGAUGUACUUCAUAAAGAACUCAUCAGUGUGUUAACUGCUCAACGUUUACUUAUAUUGCGUUCAGAAGUAGAUUUACAAUUAGUAUGUGAUAUCUAUGAUGCAAUGUAUGGAAUAUAUUUGUCAGAUGAUGUCAAACAGAAGUACUUUGGUAAACAAGAUAAUGCAUUGACAAAUCUUUUGAAGUUAGAAGGAACACAUGUUCUUUAUUAG